AUGUCACAACUUGACGGCUUCGACGGUCUCUUUCGGCUUGAUGGAAAGGUUGCGCUGAUUUCUCUAUGUUCCCGGGGGCUGGGAUUCCACGCUGCUACUGCAUUUCUCAGGGCUGGGGCGUGCAGAGUCAUACUGGUGUCGCGCAAUGCUGAGGGCCCUCAAGGAUUGAAUCAGGCAGUCCAGCGACUAAACGGUCUGCAAGGGACCAAAGAGAAAGCUGUGGCCUUUGCUGUCGACAUCUCAAGCACGAAAGGGGUUGGUGGGCUUGUUACUCGCGUCAGAGGCAUAGAGAAGCACAUUCAUAUCCUCGUGGCCAGUGCUGCGGCGACUUGGGGAGGUCCAUUCGAGGACACUCCAGACGCUGCCGUUGCCGAGGCUCUGGACAUGAAUGUUAGGAGCGUCUAUAAUUUGAUCAGGGUCCUUCCUCACCUUCCUAUGGCAGACCCUGCCCGCAUCGUCAUUGUCGGAUCUGUGGCUGGAUUCAUGGUGCCUCACGUCGAUGAAAACGGGACGAUCAUAUAUGCGGUCUCUAAAGCUGCUGUGCACCAUAUGGCACGCCAACUCGCAGUCGAGCUGGGUCCUCGAAACAUUGUCACUAAUGCCAUUGCUCCUGGCUUUUUCCCAUCCAAGUUGGCCAACGGGCUUAUUGAACGCCUAGGCGGCCCCGAGAAACUAAACGCAUUAAAUCCUCGGCUCCGGUUGGGUGAGCCUCUUAAUAUUGCUGGUGCAAUGCUAUACUUAUGCUCCCGAGCAGCUUCGUAUAUGAACGGCGUUGUCCUCCCUCUGGAUAGAGGGGAGCACCUUACCGCAGGAGCAAAACGAAAAUAUAGAUGA